AUGCGUCUUCCACCAGGUCCAACACCUCUCCCCUUCCUCGGAAACAAAUACACCAUACCCAAGUCUUCUCCGUGGAUCCAAUUCGAAAAAUGGUCUCACACCUACGGUCCAAUCUUCACACUUUGGAUUGGGCGUCGACCAACCAUCAUCAUAUCAGACCCAAAGAUUGCCAUGGAGCUGUUGGAAAAACGAAGUAAGAACUUCAGCUCUCGACCUCGUUUUGUAGUCAUGGGUGAGCUCUACUGGGACAAUGCCGGGAUACUAGUCCAACCAUAUGGCAAGGAGUGGCAAAUACGACGAAGAAUGCUGCAUCAAGCACUGAAUCCUUCUGCUCUCAAAUUAUACAAGCCUGUUCAGGAAGCUGAGGCUAAUCGAUUAUGUGGUGCUCUUCUCACCGAUGUCAGCUCUUACGAAGGCCUCAUCGAUCGAUUUGCGGCCAGCGUUGUAUUUAGCAUUGCAUACGGACACAGGAUUGACUCCAUGGAUUCUAAUAUCAUUCGACAAAGACUGGAAUUUAUGCAAUAUUCCGCAUCCUUAAAUGUUCCAGGCAGAUACCUCACUGAAACAUUUCCAUGUAUGAAAUACAUGCCCAAUAUCUUUGCACCUUGGAAAGCGGAGAUUCAGCGUCGUGGAAAAGAAGAAGCCGCCGUCAAUAUGCGUCUCCUGAACGCAGUGAAAGAGGACAUUCGUAUAGCAAAAACACUCUCCAGUGUCCCGGACUCACUGUCUAAGCUCCUUCUCACUGCACGAGAAGCGGACCCAGCUAGCUUCGGUCAAUUGAGUGAAAGAGACUUUUCUUUCGUACCUGCUUCACUUUUUGGUGCUGGGAGCGACACAACUGCUAGCACCUUAUGUACUGCGAUUCUGAUGCUUGUUACAAAUUCAGAAGUUCAAGAAAUUGCACACAAGGAGCUAGAUCAUAUUGUUGGAUCUGAACGCCUCCCGACAUUUGAUGAUGAGGUCAAUCUGCCAUAUCUCAAAGCUCUCUGUCAAGAAACACUCCGAAUUCGUCCUGUCGCAGUACUUGGAGGCACACCACAUGCAAACUCUGCCGCAGACACUUACAAAGGCUACAACAUACCGGCCGGUACGACUAUCCUUUCCAAUUCAUGGGCGAUAAAUCUCAACCCGAGGUACUAUCCCAAUCCGCAUCGAUUCAACCCUCUGCGAUUCUUAAGUGUCAACCAACAUAAACUCUCUUAUUUGCCAAAGCUGUCUAAUGAGGAUAUUUUUGAACUCUCACCUGAAAAACAGCAUCCGGCAAAGGAGGGCCAUAGCUCUUUUGGAUGGGGACGACGUAUUUGUCCUGGGGCUGGAUUAGCUCAGAACUCGCUGUUCAUUGCCCUGGCACGUCUAUUGUGGGCCUUUCGGUUUACUCCAGUUCAAAAAACGGAUGGCUCGAACAGGAAAUACGAUACAUUUGCGUAUACGCAAGGAUUUAAUAUUCGGCCGCAGCCAUUUGAGUGUGGGAUUCACAUACGUGAUGAAUUGCGCCGUCGGGUUCUGACAGAUGAAUGUCAUAAGGCUGAGGAGGUAAUGAGUCAAUUCCCACCUUUUGAGGAAUAG